CCUCCUAUUGAAAACGAACGAGUUUUCCCACCAAUUAAACGCGGCGAAAGAAGACAAGUGUCAAACUGUCGGAAACGAAUCUUGACAAUCCUUACCGUGUAAUGUACGGAAUUGAGCGUUUGAAAUAGCGACUAUAUGGGCGGCAUAGAAAGAAAAUCGUUGAACAGAGAAGGCAGUAAAUUGAUUGACAACUGUUUCUGUCCGAGUGAUACAUAACUUCUAUCAAAGUUGUCAACGGUUUAUAUCGCCGCGCUGUUUUUUGAGAGUGGAUAUAGUGUGUGGAGUGAUCUGGGAGUAGUUAUUGUUCUGAUAUUUGAAAGAAAACUUUUGGAUAAACUUGUUUACAAAUUCAUGAUAUGCCGGUGACAGAUCGUUACGAUACAUCCAACAUGCUGCCGGCGUCGGCUUCUCAAUAUCUACCGCCGGACUAUUUCCAGCCCCUGCCGACAACAUUGGACGCCAAGAACAGCCCAUUGGCCUUGCUGGCACAGACGUGUAGCAGCAUAGGGAAAGACCCACCAUCAAAAUCUAUCAUACCGCCAUUGGAGAAGAAAGAUACCCCACAGAAAUCGACUUCCAGCGAGCGAGACCUGAAAACGAGUUCCCCGAAAGAGAAAGACGGACGAGUGUCCAGCGAAAGUCAUCGGUCUUCUUCUAGUGUUAGCAAGGACAUUCCGAAUUUCUAUCCCAUAUCAACGUCUAGUCCAAAGCCGGUGAAAUCUCAUUCAGACAAUCUAGGGACAAAGGAUGGGCGGAAAUCGGCUGAUAACGAUAACAAAUCACAUUCGGUUACAUCUCGACCUUUGUCUUCUUCAUCAGCCAGCGGAUUAAAAUCAAACAAUGACAGGUCAAGCCCUCGUUUGAAGACCAAUGAGCAAAUUAAAGAGGUUCAGGAGACGAAACACUCCCCGAAAAGCAGGCGAUCCGAAUCUCCAGUGCGGAGGGACAAUAGGUCACCAUCGCCCGAAAUCAAGCAUGGUUCUCUAUAUCCGGGGCUUCCGUACGGUCCCAUGGGCUACCCUGGUUACCCAUACGGGCCGGGAAGCUCUUUUCCGAGCUCUGCCGAGGCUCUUGCAGCUGCCGGAUAUCCAUUCGGCCUCUCGGGUCAGAGUGCGUAUAGUCUUGCGUCUGCUCAUGCGCUUGCCGCACACCAGGCGGCAUUGAAGUCAAACUCGUCAGCUGCCUUGUCACAAUACAUGCAGUAUGCACGAUUAAGGGCCCCCGUUCCCGGUAUGUCAGGGUGCAAGGAUCCAUAUUGUACUAACUGUAUGUCAUCAGGCGUACAUCCCAGCUCACAUCUGUCACAAUGUACCUCACCCGGAUGUACACAGUGUUCACAGGAAAAAGCUUUACAGGGCCUGUUUGGACUUCCAGGUUCAAAUCCACUUCACUCGUCGUUAUCUGGCAUCCCGUCGUCGGCGUCUCUUGGACUUUCCCAUUUACACAAUUUAUAUGCUCAAAACAUGUUGUCACAACAUGGACAACAACACGUGUGUAAUUGGAUGAUGGGAAGUGACUAUUGUGGAAAGCGGUUUAAUUCAUCCGAAGAGUUAUUACAACAUCUCCGAACGCACACUUCCGGUGGGGAGUCCGCUCUCAGUGCCUACAGCUCCCUGGGACUGUCAAUCCCCACCCCCGGGGAUCUACCCGGUCUCCAAGGGUAUUUAGGCUCGGGUAGCAACAUCAGUCCGGAAACAUUGCGGAGAAUGUACCCGACGAGCUUGAGUCCGCUUGGCGGUGGAUCGGCCUUGUCGAGUGGACGAUAUCACCCGUAUAAAUCGGCCAUGGCUAAUAUGCCACCCGGACUUCCACCUCAUCCAUCGUUGUCGUCGUUGGGGCUGUAUUAUUCUCCGUACAAUAUGUACGGGCAACGAAUAGGCUCGGCAGCAGUGCCUUAGUAAAAACAGUGGACAAUCCUUGCCAUUGCUGCUGAUAUUUUAUUCUCUCAUUUGGAGUUAAAUUCAUUAUCAGUAGAAUAUUGUGAUAUUUAUUAAAAGAACUGACGCGCGUAUUUGUGACCUGAUAGUUUUGAAGUUGUUCAUAUGUUGCAAACAUGUUGAAGAUAAUGAAAAUUAAAUGUGCUUUUUAUUUAUUUAAUAUUCAGAUUAUGUGCUGUUGUUGGUUUAUGAGUAAUUGUAAUUCAAGGUGUAAUAAAAUUACAAAUUAUGAUGCAGAAAAUAUGAGUGAAAUAAUAGUUAGAAUGCCUAUAAAUGUUUAUAUAAAAUGAUUUAUUCUGUUUUCAUUUAUAACAUAUGUCAGAUUAUUAAAUCCGAUGAAAAUUA